AUGUCCCCGACAUCCCCCGAUGUCCCCAACGCCCCCACCCCGACACGUCGCAGCGCGAUGUCACCGAGCCCAAGGCACCGAGACCCCAAUGUCCCCAACGUCCCCGGGGGACGCGGGACCCGCUCGUCACCGGGAUCAAAGACUGAGACACCCCGGUGUCCCCGACGUCCUCUCGGUGUCCCCGAUGUCCUCCCGGUGUCCCCAGCCCCACGGACCGAGCCCGUCGCGACCCCGGUGUCACCGAUGUCCCCGAUGAAGGACGGGGGACACUGCCACCCUGCCGGCUCCGUGUCCCCAACGUCCCCAACGGCCGAGGGGCAGCCGGGGGGCCACGCCUCCCCCGCCCCGCGCAUGCGCAGCCCCUCCCGGCGGCGGCGCAGCGCGUCCGCCCAGUUCCCCCAGUCUCCCCUCCCAGUCCGCCCAGUUCCCCGCAGUGCCAUGGGCCGGGGUCGGGGCCGGUUUCUGGGGGGCUGCGCGUGGCUGCUGGGGGCGCUGGCGCUGCUGCAGACCCUCUACCUGCGGGCGCUGCCCCCGCCGCGCCCCCCGUGGUGCUGGGGGCGGCGGGGCCCCCCCCCGAGAGCGGCCCCGGGGCCGCCCCGAGCCCCCCGGGACGGCGCGGGGUGCCGGGGGGCGCUGGCUCGGCUGGCGGCCGCCGACCCCCCCAGCUACGCCUUGGGGGUGCCGUACCCCGGGAACCUGCUGCGGAACGUGGCCUGGGAGGGGGCGGCCGGGGGGGGCCCCGGAGGGGGACCCCCGCCCCAAUCCGGGGGGCGUUUCGUGCUCGUGGUGGACGCCGACGUGGUGCCCAGCCCGGGGCUGCGCGAGGGGUUCCUGGCGCUGCUGCGGGACGGGGGGCUGGACCCCCAAAACUGGGGGGCGGCCCCCGGUGUCCCCAGCGUCCCCAAGAACCCCAAAACUUCAUUGGGCCCCAAAGACCCCGGGGGUCUGCAAGCCCCAGGUGUCCUGAGUGACCCCAAAACCCUGGAUGACCCCAACAUCCUGAGUGACCCCAAUGCCCCAAGUGACCCCAAUGUCCUGAGCAACCCCAAAAGCCUGAGUGACCCCAAUGCUCUGAGUGACCCCCACACCCUGAAUGGCCCUAAGGCUCCGAGUGACCCCAAAAUCCUGAGCGACCCCAAAACCCUGAGUGACCCCAGUGUCCUGAGUGGUCCCCAUGCCCUGAGUGACCACAAAGCCCUGAGUGACCCCAAUGCCCUGAGUGACCCCAAAAUCCUGAGCGACCCCAAAAUCCUGAGCGACCCCAAAAUCCUGAGCGACCCCAAUGCCCUGAGUGACCCCCACAGCCUGAGUGACCCCAAGGCCCCGGGUGACCCCCACGGCCUGGGUGACCCCCACAGCCUGAGUGACCCUCACAGCCUGAGUGACCCCAAAGCCCUGAGUGACCCCCACAGCCUGAGUGACCCCAAAACCCUGAGUGACCCCAAUGCCCUGAGUGACCCCCACAGCCUGAGUGACCCCAAGGUCCCGGGCGACCCCAAAGCCCUGAGUGACCCCAAGGCCCCGGGUGACCCCCGUGCCCCGGGUGCCCCCCGUGCCCCGAGUGCCGCCCGCCCUGCGGAGCCGCCCUGGGCGCGGGCGCUCUUCGUGCUGCCGGCCUUCGAGGUGCGGGGCCGGCGGCGCCCGCCGGGCUCCAAGGCCGAGCUGCUGCGGCUCUGGGCGGCGGGCGAGGCGCGCCCGUUCUACGGGGCGCUGUGCCCGCGCUGCCAGGCCCCCACCGACUUCGGCCGCUGGCGGGCGCUGCCCCCGGGCCCCCGGCUGCGCGUGGCCUACGAGGCGGCCUGGAGGGACCCCUGGGAGCCGUUCUUCGUGGCCCCCGCCCGCGGCGUGCCCCGCUUCGACGAGAGCUUCCUCCAGUACGGCUUCAACCGCAUCAGCCAGGCCUGCGAGCUGCACGUGGCCGGGUUCCGCUUCGCGGUGCUGGACGGGGCCUUCGUCACCCACCGGGGCUUCAAGGAGCCGGGCGGGUUCCACCGGAGCCGCGAGGCCGAGCUGGGCCUCAACCGCCGCCGCUUCCGCGCCUUCCGCCAGGAGCUGCGGCUGCGCUACCCCGGCUCCGCCCGGCGCUGCUGAGCCGCACCUGGGGCGCACCUGGGGCGCACCUGGGGCACACCUGGGGCACACCUGGGGCACAGCUGGGAACUCCCAGUGGACAACUGGGACACACCUGGGACUCCUGGGAACCCCCCCAUGGACACGUGAGGGGCCUGCUUUGAACACCUGGGGACACCUGACACAGCUGGGACACCGGGGAAGCCCCCAAUGGACACCUGGGACGCACCUGGGACACCUGGGAACCCCCAGGGGACGCUUGAAGGACCUGGUGUGAACACCUGGGGACAGCUGAGGACCUGCCAGGACACCUGGGGACACACCUGGGACACCUGGAUGCCCCCUGGACACGGGCGUGACCGUCCCUCGGUAAAUUUGGGCACCUACCCAUGAUGCCUCUGUGUGGGUGACGUCAUGAGGGCGGGGCGGAGUGAGCAGCUGCCUCCAGUACAGACCAGUAAGGCCCAGUACAGACCAGUGCCCCGCCCGGGUUGUUUAUCAUAUGAAACUACAGCUCCCAGCGUGCAUCGGGUGCCAGCAUGGCCGAACUUCCGCCGCGAUUAGAAAAACCACAGCUCCCAGGAUACCCCGGAAACAACAUGGCCGCCAAGCAACUUCCGGUUUUGCCUUUAAAAAUUGAACUUCAGUUCCCAUCAUGCAUCAGAAGCGCGUGGCCGGAAGUGCUCCUCGUUUAUGGGACUACGGCUCCCGUCAUGCAUCGGGGAAAAAAACAUGGCCGACUUCCUGCGCGCUAUGCGUAGAAAGGGCGGGCGCGCGCAGCAGCGCCCCCUGGCGGGCGGGAGGACCGAACG